CACAUGCGCAGUAUUUUCAAGUCGCUCCGCCCCCUCGCGGGCCCAGGCUUAGGUCGUUCGCAAUGUCGGGGUGUCGGGUUUUGGGGACUGUGUUAGCGGUGCGGCGUAGUGUCGUGUCCCGGCAGGGUUUUGUCUCCUGGAGAUCAUCCAGCUCCAAAGCUGGAAGUCAAGAGAAUCUGAAAAAGAAGCCUUUAAAAAAGCCUGAAACACCUGUUGGUCGCUUUGAUCAUCCACAACAGGAUCCUUUGGGAGGAGAUACCCUGGAAAGGUUUCCUGAUGACAUCAAUCCGGUUACAAAGGAAAAGAACGGACCAAGAGGCCCAGAGCCCACUCGCUAUGGAGACUGGGAACGAAGGGGACGUUGUAUUGACUUCUAAUUUUUUCUGUUGACCAUAUAUGGGUGUAUAUAGUUUGAAUAUUUUGUGUUUAAUAUGUAUUGGUAAAAGCAUUUAAAAAUAAUGA